AUGGCCGAGCCACAAGAACCUGCCGGCACUGUGGACGCCCUGGCAAUGGUGGUGGGCCAGGACAGUUCCAUCAUCACCACCCAGCCCGAAGCACCCGUCGCCACAAAGCUCAAGGGCCGGCACCGCCUCUUGCAGGGGAUUCAGCGCAUUUCUUCCUCGCCCUCUUUGACAGGUCUCCGACGGUCCAGAUCCGUGAGCGCUCCGUACAGUUUGAGCACUAGAAGCAGCUUGUCCUGUGUUAGUUUGGCUGUGGCGGGACCAGUGCGGACACCCCACAGUCCAGGGUCGUCUACUCCACAGGCAUCGCCUCUGGGCCAGCCAAGCUCCUCGUCCUCUACUACGGAAUUUCCAUUAUAUGAAAGCAUCGAGGCUCAUUUGGCAGUCCGAAAUGCCCAAGGAUGUGUACCUGGAUCGGCUCCUGCCACGGCGCCAGUCCCUGCCGAUAUUAAGCUGGGCCGCUCUGACACACAGAGCAAGUCAAGGCCCAGAGCUGCUUCGGCGGCUGCACGGAAGAAGCUUGAAUUCCGAUUUUGGGACACAAUGCCCCAUGAAAUACAAGUAUAUAUCUUCUCCUUUCUCCUCCCUAAGGAGCUGGUCCGGGCCUCUCGGCUCUGGACUUCUCUCGACGCAUCGGAAUUCUACAAGGAUAUACCUGCCGACUCCCUGGCUCGGAUCAUUUCAUCGGCAGGCCCAUUCAUCAAAGUUCUCAAUCUUAGGGGAUGUGUGCAGGUAGAGCACUACAAGCGAGCCGAGGUCCUUGUCAAGGCAUGCAAAAAUUUGAUGAAUGCCACCCUGGAGGGUUGCCGCAACUUCCAGAAGGGCACACUCCAUAGCUUGUUGGAGACGAACCAACAAUUGGUCUAUCUGAACCUGACUGGCUUGACAGCGGUAUCAAACAAAUCAUGCAAGAUUAUUGCCGAAUCUUGUCCUCAGUUGGAUACUUUGAAUAUCUCUUGGUGUGGCAAAGUCGACCAUCGCGGGAUCUACUCAGUCAUUACUGGCUGCCCGAAGCUGAAGGACCUCCGUGCUGGUGAGAUACGUGGUUUCAAUAACCUAGGGCUUGCUCUGAAGAUAUUUCAGACCAAUAACCUCGAGCGACUAGUUCUGAGUGGAUGCGCCGAGCUUACUGAUGAAGCUUUAGAGGUUAUGCUACAUGGGAAAGACCCCGAGAUGGAUAUCUUGACCGAUUUGCCCAUUGUCCCUCCCAGGAAAUUGAGGCAUCUUGACUUGAGUCGCUGCUCCAGGUUGACUGAUCGGGGUGUCAUGGCUAUUGCUCACCUGACGCCUGACCUUGAGGGUCUGCAACUUUCACGCUGCAAGCUACUCACUGAUGCUGCACUGGAGCCCAUCCUUGCAUCAACUCCUCGACUUACUCAUCUGGAACUGGAAGAUCUCGAGGAGUUGACAAACGACUUUUUGAUUGAGCAUUUAGCAAAGGCGCCUUGCGCAGGGAGGUUGGAACACCUGUCGCUCAGCUACUGCGAGAACUUGGGAGAUGCAGGCAUGCUCCCAGUGAUGCAGAAAUGUACUCGUCUACAGAAUGUCGAGCUGGACAAUACUCGCAUCAGCGACCUGGUGCUUGCUGAGGCGGCAUCCAUGGUCAACAAGCGAUCUAGGCGGGUCAUGGAAGCUGGCGGAAGGCCUCAAGUCACGCUACGCAUGGUUGUCUAUGAUUGCCAGAACGUGACGUGGAUGGGCAUCCGUGAAGUCUUGUUUCGCAAUGCCAACGUCAAGCCGGCCGUAGGCCACCCUGGCAGAGUCUCCUAUCCUACCGAAUCAAUUUCUCUGAAAUGCUUCUACGGCUUUCAGAUGACGGUUGAUGAGCACCAGAAACGUGUCUUGCGCGGGGACUUUGAUUCCGCCGCAACUCUGGAGAGACGGUGGGCAGAUUACAUGCAAGCUUCUGAAGAAGCAGGUAUGGGAGGAUCGGGGCAUCGACGCCGUCGCCGACGUGCCCGUGAAGCUCAGGCACUUCACAUGAAUGAAGAAGACGGCAAUCUUGGACAGGGCGGCCGCCGACGAGCGAGGACAAUGGGGAGCUGCCUUGUUAUGUGA